AUGAAUCGCUCAUCGUCUUCAAGUCACAACUCUCAACCGUCCUCUUCUUCUGCCUUGACACAUUCUCCAGUUCCACAGGAUGACGCUGCUUCGAUAACAAGACUCGCGGGGGACACGGCUCACCUCACCGUGAAUGGUGCUGCCGUGCCCGCCGCCGCCGCCGCCGCCAACCCUGCUCUCCCUCAACUCCCUGCGCCUGUCGCCAAAAAACCCAAAAUGACACACCGUCUCACUCGAAUGUUCUCUCGCACCGAACAAAGGGACAUCGACGCCGCCAACGCACAACAUCUCAAAGCCGCAUCCCCCAGGCCGGAUGCUUCGACUGAGGCCCUCAACGGUCAAUCUAGCCGACCAGUACCGGCCAGGACGUCCUCUGGCGACCAGAAAGACAAGAAGAUGGCCAUCCUACAGACUGCCAAAGAAAAGAGCAAGGGCGAACCACCCUCAGAUGCGACUUAUACUCAAUUUAAGAGAUUUGAACUACAUGAAGAUGGCACCCAUGAACAUCACCUCAAGUCCGCCAAACGGCAAGAGAAAUUGUCCGACAUGCUCCGCGAAAUGCUGGGUGGCAAGAAGAAGGACGCAGAUGGGGAUCAACAAUUGUCCCUGAUGUCCUCGUGGGUGGAUCAGCUGAGAUCGGAAAAGGAUGCCUUGGCUAGUGACAAGAAGGGCGGUCCCAACGCUACCGCCAACCUGGUUGAGAAGUACGGCAAAUGCCAGGAAAUCGUCGGUCGCGGCGCAUUCGGCAUCGUUAGGAUAUCGCACAAGCCUGAUCCUAACAGCGUCAGUGGAGAGUCGUUGUACGCCGUCAAGGAGUUCCGCCGCCGCCCGCAGGAGACGGCGAAAAAGUACCAGAAACGGCUCACCAGCGAAUUCUGUAUAUCAUCGUCAUUACGACACCCAAACAUAAUACACACCCUUGACCUCCUUCAAGAUGCAAAGGGGGAUUAUUGCGAAGUCAUGGAAUACUGUGCUGGAGGCGACCUCUAUACGCUAAUCCUCGCCGCUGGCCAAUUACAGGUCUUGGAGGCUGACUGCUUUUUCAAGCAGUUGAUGCGUGGCGUUGAAUACAUGCAUGAGAUGGGCGUCGCCCAUCGAGACCUGAAGCCCGAGAAUCUACUGCUUACGACGCGCGGUGCUUUGAAAAUCACCGACUUUGGAAACGGUGAAUGUUUCCGAAUGGCUUGGGAAAAAGAGGCUCACAUGACGGCCGGGCUGUGCGGGAGUGCCCCUUAUAUCGCGCCCGAGGAGUAUCAAGGCGGGGAAUUCGACCCUCGAGCCGUCGACGUGUGGGCUUGUGGUGUAAUCUACAUGGCCAUGCGAACCGGCCGUCAUCUAUGGAGAGUGGCUCGGAAGGAAGAAGACGAAUUCUACGAGCGCUAUCUCGAGGGACGCAGAGAUGAAGAUGGUUAUGCUCCAAUUGAAACGUUGCACAGGGCACGCUGUCGAAAUGUCAUCUAUUCGAUUCUAGACCCCAAUCCAGGUCGCCGUAUUACCGCGUCUCAAGUCCUCAAAUCCGAAUGGGGUAGAGACAUCAAAGUUUGCAAGGCAGGCGAGGAAGGAUAUUAA